UUUUAUGCUCGCUACUCCAAGUCAAUGACUUUAUUCGGCAAUAUAGUCAGGUUCGGUACACAACACUUUGCGUCAGAGGCCGACAUCGCCGACAUUGAAAACUUUUUCAAAGACAAAGACACAAAGGACAUCACCAGACCACUCCAGCAAAGUAUCGAGAAGAUACGAUCCAAUGCUGCCUGGUUGGGCCGGGAUGCCAAGGACGUUAAAGACUGGCUAGGUAGUAAUGGUUAUCUUGUUGUGUAA